CCCUGAUUCGCCCGCCUCAAACUCUCCCACGUCUCCAUAAAGUUGCGCGUCCCCGGCUGCCAGAUUUCGAUCCGUGUCCAACGACGACUACUACUACUACUACUCUCAACUCCCACUGCGCUCCCGCUUCAACUCCGACUCCCUCAAUCAUGGACGCGCCCGAGCCCGACACCCCCUUUGCCGCCGUGAGCGCGCAGACGACCAAGGUCGGCCAGAUCUACCAGACCUACCUCGACAAGUCGACGCCCUACAUCACCCAGCGAUGGAGCGGCACCGCCUUCCUCUUCGUGCUCUUCGGCCUGCGCAUCAUAUACGCGCAGGGCUGGUACAUUGUCGCCUACUCGCUGGGCAUCUACCUCCUCAACCUCUUCCUCGCCUUCCUUUCCCCCAAAUUCGACCCGGCGCUCGAGCAGGAUGAGGGCAUGGAGGACGGCACGGCUGGCGGCCUGCCCACCAAGGAGGAGGACGAGUUCCGGCCGUUUGUGCGCAGGUUGCCCGAGUUCAAGUUCUGGUACUCGAGCACCAAGGCCAUUGCCAUCGGCUUCUUCUGCUGCUGGUUCCAGAUGUUCGACCUGCCCGUCUUCUGGCCCGUGCUGGUCGUCUACUGGCUGAUUCUCUUCUGCCUGACGAUGCGCCGGCAAAUCCAGCACAUGGUCAAGUACCGUUACGUGCCGUUCACCGUCGGCAAGAAGAGCUUCCGCCGCAGCGACAAAUGAGCGCCGGGUGGCGCCUGGGAGUUGGACUUUGUGGGCGUGCGGAAAACGGGUGCGUGUGUAUUCAUAGUCUUUGGAGGGAUAAUGUUGUCACGGCGCAGGCCGCAGCGCGUGCUUGUAUGGAUACGGGAUACGAAAAGAACACCAGCGUAAUUGAUCAUCUUCGACCAAGCCAUGCAAGAGAGUAACGUCUGUCACCAU